GUCCCUGCUGCAGGGGCAGCAGCUGGGGCUGGUUUAAUCCAAAGGCCACUUUGCGGUAACAGCUAACAGCACCUUGCAUUUUCUGUCUUUUUUUUAAAAUAUUCUCAUCUCCCAACCAGUUUAGCUAAAUAUUUUAUGCACAGUCAAGCCCCAGUUUUCUCCUCGAUACAUGGAGUGGUACAGUGGUACAAUAUGCAAUGGCACAGAGGUGCCAAGCUCUGCUUGCCUCUGGAGCUCACAGACCAGCUGCACUCGCGACACCUGAGGCUCCUCUUCGGUGGGACUGCUCUGGGGGAGCAGGCGAAACCCUGAAGAUCGUGGGGGCGUGACCAGCCCGGCGGGGUUGGGAGGACUCCCCUGGAGGGUGUUGCCAGCAAGCCUUUACUCAACGAGGAGGCGGAAUGGCUGUAGCUUUUGCUUGUGUCUCCUGGUGGGUAACUGAGGGGACCUCGGUACAGCCCGGCUACUGCUUUGUCCCGGUGGACAAUGCCCUUUAUCCCCAUGCGUCCCUGAGCAGUCAUGUUCCACUCAGAACAGAUGGGAAAGAGGGAAGAGAGAAGCCAAGGGGAGACAGUGUGUCCAGGAAGAUGCCCUGGGCCACCUUGAGGGUCCAUCUCGCUGCCUGGAUGGUGGCCAGUGGGCAGUGUGGCCUGGGGGCUGCUGUCUAGACCUCUCAGUAGACUUGACCUUGGUGCUAUUUCGUUUGAAGGUGUCCUGGAAUAGGAAAAUUUAAAAGAAAAGAAAUAUACCUUUGAAGUAAAAGGGCUUUAUUUUUGAGGACCUUUUCUUUAACAAAUCUGUAGAAAUAAGUGUUCAGGGUUAUUAGAACCAAGGACUGAAGCUUCUGCUGAGAAGCUCCCCCUCGAUUUCUAACCCAGCUGCAUUUUGUCCAUCGUUCCUGCUGCAGACGUUCCACAGUGUACACCACACGCUGGGUGCCGUGCACGCCACACACGGACGGGCAGAGGACUCCUCCUGGCGCCCCUGCUCUGGGGAGAGUCAGAGAAUCGAAUCCAGGGGCCCUCUGCCCUCUCCAGCCCCAAGGGGAAUGGAGCCCACCUCUGCCCAGCCCUCUGCUCAGAAUUAACCCCAUCCCCCAGGUCACAGAUGGGGACAGAUGGGAAGAGCGUGCAGCCCUGCUCGCCCGCAGCCGCUGUUCCCCUCCUGCGUUGGCCGCGGCCGCCCACCCCCUGGGGCUGCUUCCCCAAAUGUGGCCACCAUCCUUGUAGCACGUCUCCCCACGGCCGUCAACAGAGCCUCGACCAAGGUCUCCUUGGGCCACGUUAAGAUUUGUCCAAGGCAGCGAAGUCCGUCUGCACGGCUGCUGCCUCUGGUUUGGGGUUUUCAGAGGCUACUUUUAAAGACUCCAUCCUUUCCUCUCUGAAGCCGUGGACCCUUUGAGGCGGUGGUUCCCCAAGUAAGCCUGCCCAGGGUCCCUUAGAGAUGCGAUUUUCUGGCCCACGCGCCCCACUGGGCCCUGGAGUGCCGGCUGGGACCCGCCACUUUGCUUCUCAGCUGGGGACAGGAGGAGCGGGGACCUGCCGUGGGGUGUCGGGGCCGGGGCAGCAUCGGGGAGGGGCUGCUCCGGCCUCAUGGGGAGCUGGCGGGGCUCUGUCGGUGUGGCUCCGGGUGCCACUCCCCAGCCUCACACACCCCGGGGGAGAUGGGCGUACGUGGCGUCAGAGUCAACAUGUUCAGAGCUGGUGUCCAGGCCGCGCCCGCCAUCCCAAACCUGUCGCUCCCCUCCAGCCCAGGAGGUAAAGGUGAGCUCGCGGACAGGCUGUCCUGCAGGCGUUGGCAUUUGGUCACACGUGUCACCUCAUCAGCCCAGCGUCUCCCACCAGACCCCUGUGAUGUGACUUGUGACCGUCCCCUUGGACGUGAGCUUGCCCUCUUGCCCCGGAACUGCAGCCGUAUGGCGCUGAUGGAGACGGUUCUCCCCCGUCUAGCUACGCCCCCGCCUGUCCAGUCCGCUCCCCAACCCUGUCAUUUAGGGAAUGGUGCAAGCCGAAGGGGAAGCAGCAGGGCACCCCGUGUUUGUAUUUGAUUCCAUUUAGAUAAAUAAAAAUAAAGCUUGCGAGGGCAGGAGGGCGCGGACAAGUGCCGGUCCGCCAACGCGGCAUGCAGGGCCUGGAGUUUGCGGGGUGACGUUAGGGCGACAUCGGAGGCUGUGCGCUCGACGCCGGUUAAUACCCACUUGGUAUUGGUUGGCCGCUUGACUUGGGAAACGCAGAGCGGGCUCAGCAGCGCCCAGCGGCCGGCGGCCCUUUCAGGUCCCCUCCCGGGCGGAGGCAGGUCGGAUAACGCCUGCGCUUAGCCAAGUCCAUGAACGGUGUUUAAGUCCCUUCCUGCUGCGGUUUCCACUGGAAGAAAGUACGUUGCUGCUGAAUGGAAAAGACAUUACAAAGGUGAGGAAGUAGGCUGUUCAAUAAGGAGAAAUUAAAUUAAAGCAGCAGAGAAGUAAUGGCCCAAAGCCCCCGUUUCUUGUCAAUUACAUUGGCGAGGGGCGCUGGCCCUGGAGGGCAGGGAGCCCCGUGCCACGUGGACACUCCUGUCGUGAGAUGCAAAGCGCGGGGCUGAGGCCCUGAGCGAGGGCCGUCCCUGUCCUUCGCCUGGUGGCUGUGGCCCUGGGGACGAGGGUGUGCCCCGCCUCUUCUGGGAGCCCAAGGAACCCGCCCCCUGCAGGGUCCCAGCGCCGUGCUCCCAUUCCCACCGGGCAGGUGUCUUGGGCGCAGGGCGGUGUUGAUCUCUCAGUGUCGAGGAGAUGGAGAGGACUGAGACUUGCGGAGGAAUUCUGAAACUUGAAACCGCAUUGGAAAUGCCUUAAGAGUGAAUCCUCCAAAAUUAUUUCGAGUUCAGUGACGGCAGGAUGGGAGAGGCUGCUUCUGGGUUUAAGCAGAAUGAAGGCCCCUCCCCCUGCUGCACAGCUGAACCGCGAGAGGAAACCAGGCCCAACAGAAAUGUCAGCCUCUAUCAGCAUUCCUCCUGCAAGAGGGUUAGGACUGGAGACUUCUCUGAUCUGUCUGCGGUAGAGGGAGUCUGUGUGCAAGGUGACGUGAGCAGCUGCACGGCUACAUGGAGAGCGAGCCGCUCACCCUGCAGCUGUUCAUCGGGACAGCGGACGACCGGCUGCUGAGGCCCCACGCCUUCUACCAGGUGCACCGGAUCACGGGCAAGACCGUCUCCACCACCAGCCACGAGGCCAUCCUCUCCAACACCAAGGUCCUGGAAAUCCCGCUGCUGCCGGAGAACAACAUGCGAGCAAUCAUCGACUGCGCCGGCAUCCUGAAGCUCAGAAACUCUGACAUCGAGCUCCGCAAGGGGGAGACGGACAUCGGGAGGAAGAACACGCGCGUGAGGCUGGUCUUCCGCGUCCACGUCCCGCAGCCCAACGGCCGGACGCUGUCGCUGCAGGUCGCCUCCAACCCCAUCGAGUGCUCCCAGCGCUCGGCCCAGGAGCUGCCCCUCGUGGAGAAGCAGAGCGCGGCCAGCGGCCCCGUCCUCGGCGGGAAGAGGAUGGUCCUGUCCGGCCACAACUUUCUGCAGGACUCCAAGGUCAUUUUCGUGGAGAAAGCGCCAGACGGCCACCACAUCUGGGAGAUGGAGGCGAAAAUCGACGGAGCGCUGUGCAAGCCGAAUUCGCUGGUGGUGGAGAUCCCGCCUUUUCGCAACCAGAGGAUAACCAGCCCGGUCCAAGUCAACUUCUACGUCUGCAACGGGAAGCGGAAGAGGAGCCAGUACCAGCACUUCACCUACCUGCCCGCCAAUGUUCCAAUCGUGAAGACGGAGCCCAGUGACGACUACGAGCCUGCCCUCACCUGUGGACCAAUGAGCCAGGGCCUGAGUCCGCUCCCCAAGCCCUGCUACGGCCAGCCGCUCGCCCUGCCGCCUGACCCGGGCUCCUGCCUCGCGCCCGGCUUCCCGCCCCGUCCGCAGAGCAGCGCCAGCCCCGAGCUCCACGACCUCUCCUGCGCCCCCUACGGCCCGGCCACGGCCGGCCCGGGCCACGGCCCCCUCGGACUUCCGCGGCCAGUCGGCGGGGUCCUCGCCGGCCAGGAGGCGCCGAGACCCGCGGGCGUGCCUCCCGGGCCCCCCCAGCCGCCGCCCCCCGCCCCGCUGCAGCCACAGGUGAGUCCGCCGUCGAGUGGUAGCUGCUCCCCGGGGUGCCGGCCAGCGCUCUGUCCCCACAGUCCCUCCUCUCCGCUGCCGCCCGGGACCCAAGAGCCGACCCGCCUGCAGCCCUGCGGCCCCGCGCGCCCCCCCGGGACGGGCCACCAGCAGCAGCAGCCGUCCGAGGUUCCGAGCAGCGAGCCUGCAGCCGCCCGGCCCCUGCCAGCGCCCGAGGUGCGUGAGGACAGUAAUCAUAGUCUGGCCCCCAUUCCCGUAACGGUCAAGCGAGAGCCUCAGGAGCUGGACCCGCUGGACCUGGACGACGUAAACGAGAUAAUACGAAACGACCUCUCCAGUACCAACCUCCACUCGUAGUCGGCAAUUGGGACUCUCAGAAGCUGCGUGGUGUUGAUUCGACGGUGACAACUGAGUCAACAGACUGAACUCACACCUGGUACCACUCGGAACUUCCACCUUAGUGAAGGCUUAGAUCAUUCGUACAAAGAAGUAGCUCAAGGAAGGAAGAAAAGACCACUCCAUCUUCUGAAGGAAAGUCAUCUCAAGAAGGAGACGAAGGUGGGUGGGUAGGGGAAGCACAGAAGACAGACCGUGUGAUGCGCCCCUCGUGACCGCAACCCGACGUGGCAGCCUGACCCCAAGCGUACCCUUCAGGCACCCCUGCAUUUCAUACUGGAAGUGCCUUAUUUAAGCAGACCGCAGCAGCCGGGCAUCAUGGGAUUGAGCAUUGAACUGGCUACCAGGAGAGUAUCUGUAAGAGCAAAAGCUGUAAAGACAUUUCGUCAUGAGGCUUCAUCCUAUGUAUAAAUUAAGAGAAUACUGGCUAGCCGGGCAUGGUGAGGAAAACCUAACACGUUUCCUACUUUCUUCACCUUUUCCUGGGCUGUAAUAUACAAUUCUGUUGCCUUACUUGGUGCAUUUCAGAACUCUUCCAAGGUGUCAUCUCAGCUCUUUCAUGACUGCCUUCCCUACCCUGUGUUACUCAAGCCUUAGGGCUGUUCAUUGUAGCAUGUUAGGAUUUUGUUUUUAAUCUGGCUUCGAACAUAGCACAGGUAAGUUGAAUAGCACAAGGUAGGUUACUGGACAAAAAAAGAAAUCUAUCUGUCUCGGGAUGGAUCUUGAAUUUGCAUGCGUGUACAUCUAUAGCCGUGUAUUUAUGUAUAAGCAUAACGGAGGUGGUGAUACUCACUCUUCGCCCAGCAAGGGCGUCCAUGUCAGCAAUAACCAGUAUCCAUUCUGGAAAAUUCACCUGAGGCUCCAAACCCAGCUUCCCAGCCACUUCCGAGGGGGCGUCACCCACCCCCCGGGAGGUCUGUGUGUUUCCCUCUCCUGCAGUUAACCAAGCACUUUAAAAGCCGGGAGAGGUGCGUCCACAAUACCGUCUGUUACCAAACAGCAAAAUUGGAAAGAAACUAUAAAUAACGUUACAGAAGGAGUGUAAUAUAUUUGUUCAGCUGUAAGAUUAUUAUUUCACAGAAGCCUUAUAACUCUGCUUCAUCUAAGGAAACGAUAACCAAAAACAGCGUUUAAUAUGUGGUGACUGUAGUGUGUUUCCAGACUAGUUACUGUUACCAGAUAGGUUAGUGUGAGCUUUACUACUGCAUUUUGUACCCUUAACAGCUUAGUACGCGUUAUUGCUAGCAGUGACCUGUCGUUUCAUGUAACCAAAAAGCAUGGUUUUAACGAAAACAUGUUUAACCUGAUGACUGUGCCUUAGGAACUCACGGCCCCUCCUGGAACUCCGCCCAAUCGGCACCCUCGGGGGAGGUGACAAGUCCUGUCACCAGACUCGGCGUUUUGGUGGGGAAAGCGCUCUCCCACAGAAAGAAUUAUUUUAAAAAUGUUCUUCUGUACGAUCAUGUCUUACUUUUUUUUAAGUCACAGAACCGAAAAUCUGAAAGCCAUAUUUGUAACAUUUGCACAUUACUGUGAAGAGCUGAAGAUAUAUGGCUUCGUGUACAUAUGACCCUGCCUUCCCGCCUGAAGCCCUGCCCUGCAUUUAGCCUCCUAGGAGUUGCAUGAGACAUUUCUCGGGAGACUGUCCUAUGGAAAGGAAGUGUUUGAUACUGUGUUAGCUCUCUUUGUAGUUAGAAAAUCGAUUCAAUAAAGCAAUAUUUUUUUGCUGGACAA